CUUAAUUUUUAUACAAUUCUGUCAAUUUUUUUUAUUAAAUUUUUUUUUCAUAUCUGUUUUCACGUGUUUAACACAAAUUAAUUUGACUCUGUUAUGUGUUGAACACAUUACUACAAUAAACAACAAAAUUAUCAAAUUGAUUGAUCAUAUAGAAUUGUCCAUGGUAGAAUAUUCCUAUAUGAGAUAUUAUUCAUGCGCAGCACAAGAUUGACUUAUUGAAUUCUUAUAUAUUCUGAAUAUUGUAACAUCACCAGUCACAUUCUAUUUCUAAAAAAAAGGACAUUUUAUUGGUUCGUUCGAAACAACUAAAACAUUCCAAAUAAAUAAACAAAAAUGAAUAAUAAUAAUCAAUCAAAUUCAAAUGCCAAUCAACCAAAAUCAACAUAUCAACGUCCAGCUGGUAUGCAAAAUCUAUUCGGUCAGGUGGAUGAAGUGAAAACAACAAUGGAACAGAAUAUGAAAGAAAUAAUGGAACGUGGUGAAAAAUUGAAUCAAUUGGAAGAUACUAGCCGUGAAAUGAUGUCUGGUGCACAGAAUAUGAGUAAAAAUGUUCGUGGAAAGAAAUGAAAAAAAAAAAAUUUUUUUAUUCCAAAAUUCAAUCAAAAUUGAAAAUUACUUUUGGAA